CAUUUACUUCCGUCCGUGGAGACUGGAGAGCAUUUCUUCAAUUAAUUUAAAAGUGUUUCUCCCUUAGCUUCUUCCCAAACGCAGCCCUCAAAUCCCUCAUUCUCAUUUAUCUCCAAAUUUUCUUCAACUGUAACUUGCAGUUCUGGAGUCUUCUGAGUUCUGAGGAAGGUCGAAUUGAAGAAGAAGAAGAAUGAAUUGUAGAGAGAAUUCUGUUGCUCUGUUUCUAUACGCAUUAUUAAUUCUGGCGUUGAGUUUCUUCGCUUGCUUCACAUCCGCCGCUUCACUCUUGCCUGCGGAGGAAGUGGAAGCUUUGAACACAAUAUCUGAAAAGCUAAGGAACAACUAUUGGAAUGUUACCCCGACAUCUUGCAAUGAUGGUGUAGGUCUGAACCAUACCUUUUCCGAUGAUGAUAUUGAUGGAUCCGGCAACGAUACGUUCAGCCAUGUAUUAUGUAAUUGCACUUUCAAUGGUAGUACAAUUUGCCAUGUGACAGGCAUCCUGUUGAAAGGUCUUAAUCUCCCAGGAGUUCUUCCUCCUGCAGAAGACUUUGCAAAACUUAAAUUUCUGCAAGUAUUGGAUCUGACUCGCAAUUACAUUAGUGGAUCAAUUUCUCGUAGCUUUGGCCAACUCCGUCUCACUAAGUUGUCACUUUUGGGAAAUCGCAUCAAUGGGACAAUACCCAAAGAAAUAGGCGAUAUUUCUACGUUGGAGGAGUUGGUUUUGGAAGAUAAUGAGCUUGAAGGACCUCUUCAUGAAAAUCUAGGAAAGUUGAGCCGUUUGAAGAAACUCCAACUCUCUGCCAACAACAUUACUGGAGUCAUACCAGAAACUUUUGGCAAUCUUAAGAAUUUGACAGACUUUAGGAUAGAUGGGAAUCCAAUAUCGGGUAAGGUUCCCUCUUUUAUUGGCAACUGGACAAAACUGACAAAAUUAUACAUGCACGGCACAUUGCUAGAGGGGCCAAUUCCUCAGAAUAUAUCCCUGUUGGAGAACAUAGAUACACUGCAAAUUUCUGGUUUAAGAGGAGGAAGCAUGGAAUUCCCAGAUUUAGAGGGCAUGAAAAAUAUGGAAACAUUAGUUCUAAGGAAUUGCUCCAUUGCUGGUACAAUCCCAGAAUACAUCAAUAAAAUGACGGACUUAGAAACUUUAGAUCUUAGUUUCAACAACCUGAGUGGUAAUAUCACAAUUCGAGACAGACAGAGAAUUCAAUAUCUGUUUCUGGGACAUAACAUGUUAAGUGGAAAGAUACCCCAAUGGAUUUUGGAUGCCAGAAGAUAUUACAUCGACUUAUCCUACAAUAAUUUAACAGAGUCAGAGCCAAAAGGGUGUUCAACCUCUUAUUUAAAUUUAGUCUCCAGCUAUUCAGUUCCAAAGAAUGACUCCAAAGCUUGGUGUUCAAAGAAAGACCUCCCUUGCAGUAGUGGCAAAGCUCGAUAUCAUUCUCUCUUUAUAAAUUGUGGAGGAGACAGAACUGAAUUUGAGGAUAAUGAAUAUGAGGGGGACUCAACCGGUGAAGGUCCGUCAUACUUUUUUGCUUCCUCUGAUAAUAGAUGGGCUUACACCAGCUCAGGAUUGUUCCUUACAAAAGAGGAUGUCAACUUCGUUGCAACAAACAAGUUUCCAUCAAAUGUGAUCAAUGAGGAUAUUUACAAAACAGCUCGACUUGCCCCAAAUUCACUCAUAUAUUAUGGGUUUUGCAUGCGACAGGGGAGCUAUAAAGUGCGUCUCCACUUUGCUGAAAUAAUGUUUUCUAAUGACUCAACAUAUAGCAGUCUUGGGAGGCGACUAUUCGAUGUCAGAAUCCAAGGGAAUUUAGUCUUGGCAGACUAUAACAUCAUGGAAAAAGCUAAUGGUUCUGGGAAGGGCAUUACAGAAGUGUUUGACGAUGUUCUUGUCAAUGGUAGCACCCUAGAAAUACACUUGUAUUGGACUGGAAAAGGAACUAAUGCUAUUCCUCAGAGAAGUGUACAUGGACCUUUGAUUUCCGCUAUUACAGUCACACCAAACUUCAAUCCUGAUAAAGGGCUAAGUGCUGGAGCUAUAGUUGGCAUUGUAAUUUCUUGUUGCGUGUUCAUCCUGUUAAUUUUAGUAGCUCUAAGGAUGACAGGGUAUUUGGGGGGAAAAGUAGCAGAAGACAAUGAACUGAGAGCCCUUGAUUUGCAGACAGGCUAUUUUACUCUCAGACAGGUUAAGGCUGCUACUAAUAACUUUGACCAGGCGAAUAAAAUUGGUGAAGGAGGAUUUGGGCCAGUUUACAAGGGUGUUCUUUCAGAUGGUGGAAUCAUUGCUGUCAAGCAACUCUCUUCCAAGUCGAAGCAAGGAAACCGGGAAUUUAUCAAUGAGAUUGGAAUGAUAUCAGCUUUACAACAUCCAAACCUUGUGAAGCUUCAUGGUUGUUGUAUAGAAGGAAACCAGCUGUUGUUAAUAUAUGAAUACAUGGAAAACAACUGUCUUUCUCGAGCACUUUUCGGACGUGUGGAACAGAGGCUGAGUCUAGACUGGCAAACCAGGAAGAAGAUAUGCUUGGGAAUAGCCAAGGGCUUAGCAUAUCUUCAUGAGGAAUCGAGGUUGAAGAUUGUCCAUCGAGAUAUAAAGGCUUCCAAUGUGCUUCUUGACAAAGAUCUUAGCGCUAAAAUCUCAGACUUUGGUUUGGCUAGGCUUGAUGAAGAAGAGAAUACCCACAUUAGCACUAGAAUUGCUGGCACUGUAGGUUACAUGGCUCCAGAAUACGCGAUGAGGGGCUAUUUGACAGACAAAGCAGAUGUUUACAGCUUUGGAAUAGUUGCAUUAGAGAUUGUAAGCGGGAAAAGCAACACAAAUUACAGACCAAAAGACGAGUUUGUGUACCUUCUUGAUUGGGCUUAUGUCCUAGAAGAACAGGGAAAUCUAUUAGAGCUUGUGGAUCAGAGCCUGGGUUCCAACUAUUCUAAAGAAGAGGCGCUGAAAAUGCUCAAAUUGGCUCUUUUGUGUGCCAAUCCAUCACCAACUCUCAGGCCAUCCAUGGUCUCUGUGGUGAAGAUGCUCAACGGCCAAAUCCCGGUGCAAGCACCAGCCGUCGGGCCUGGAAAGUCCAACGAUGAUCUUGCUAGGUUUAAAGCGUUCAAGAAACUGUCACAUGACAGCCAGACGACGACAAAUUCUUCGUCGACUUUCUCCCUGGAUCAGAGCCAGAAAAGUAUUUCAGUUGGUGCACCAUGUACAGGUUCCUCACAAUCUUUUCCUAUUGAUAGUUCUUCCACUUCCAAACUUCUUCCUGAUCUUUAUGACGUUAACCUUGAAUAACUGAGAGGGCAAAACUAGAAUAUGGCAUGCAGUAAUUAUACUUUGUUUGGUGUUAAACUAGAAUAAGGCAAUCAUUAUAUUUGUUUGAUGUCUCCUUUUCCAAAUUAUUUUUGCCUAAAUUAGAAAGGUUGUGUAUCUAUUUUUAAGUAAUGUGUAUAUUGAUUCUAUUGUUCAAAAAUAUGAUAAAAGAAGGGUGAUACGUUUUAUGAUUGAUAAAA